CAGUCGCACAGUUGUAUAAUCAGACAAACAUGGCCGCGUCCAUGAGACUGCUGGUCCGGAGGGUGCUCCGUCUUUCCCACAGAAACAUUAACGUCGCCGCUGCUGGAGGUUCAGGUCGGUCCGGUUGCUGCUCGGGGUCGUCGUCCUGUCGUUGCUUUAGCGAUGCAACCGGAGACAGAAGUACACAUUUCGGUUUCGAAACGGUCCCGGAGACCGAGAAGGCGAAGAGAGUGUAUAAGGUGUUUGAGAAUGUGGCACAGAAGUAUGACGUUAUGAACGAUGCCAUGAGUCUGGGGAUUCAUCGAGUGUGGAAGGACAUGUUGCUGCAUGCCAUGCACCCGCAGCCGGGAGUGCGACUCCUGGAUGUGGCAGGUGGAACAGGUGACAUUGCCUUCCGUUUCCUGGAGUACGUUCAGUCUCAGCAAGAGCGGCAGAAGCGGCGGGCAGCACGGUCCACGCAGACGCCUUCGUGGCAGGACAUUUCCACCAACUACUCCACAGAGGACAAGGAUGGGCCCCAGGAAUCCAAGGCUGUGGUCUGUGACAUCAACAAGGAGAUGUUGAAAGUGGGCAAGCAGAAAGCCGACAGCAUGGGCGUCAGUGCUGGUCUGUCGUGGGUGGUGGGGGAUGCAGAGGAGCUGCCCUUUGAUGAUGACCAGUUUGAUAUUUAUACCAUCGCCUUUGGCAUUCGAAACGUCACCCAUAUAGAUCAGGCACUGCAGGAGGCCCUGCGGGUCCUGAAGCCUGGUGGCAGGUUCAUGUGCCUAGAGUUCAGCAAAGUGACAAAUCCGGUGUUGGCAAGGCUUUAUGACACUUACAGUUUCCAGAUGAUCCCAGUUUUGGGAGAGGUGAUUGCUGGAGACUGGAAGUCAUACCAGUAUCUGGUAGAAAGCAUCCGCAAGUUCCCAGACCAGGAGGAGUUUAAAGGAAUGAUUGAGGACGCAGGUUUCUACUGUGUGCAUUACCACAACCUCACUGGCGGAGUUGUGGCUCUUCACUCUGGUUUCAAGCUCUGAGAUGCACUCCUAACAUCUUGUAUGAACAAAGCAAAAUGACACUGUGUUUUAGGCUCUUCUGCCUGUAUGACAGACUGUCUGCAGUUCUGAGUUCUCUGACAUGAAUUUCAGAGCAUGAAGCCCCAAAGCUCCUCUCUGCAGAUGUCACUGCACAAGAGGUCAGUGGACAUAUUUAUUGUUAAUUAAACCGUACAGCUGUACUUAAAACUAAAAACUAAAAUGUCACUGUAUCUGUGUUAACUGGAAAGUGAGUGAAACCAUUUGAGUACAGUCAGUUUUGAACAGUUUUGGAACACAUAUGUUUUGGCAAUGAAUAAUAAAAGUUGCAAAAGUUGA